UUUUUUUUUUUUCAAAAUUUUUUUUUACUGUUUUUGAGCUCUCUCAUCCUCAUCUCAUUGCCCUUCAUUGUGUCUGAACUUGCUGCCAUGGAACCAGCUAUUAGUACGGACAUGAUCACAACUCAACAAGUUUCUGCUGAUCCUCUCCCAUUUGCCAGAUGUUAUCAGCUGGAAGCAUUGGAGAAGGCACUUAAGCAGAACACGAUAGUCUUUUUGGAGACCGGUUCCGGCAAGACUUUAAUUGCCAUCAUGCUUCUGCGAAGCUAUGCUUAUUUUCUGCGGAAGCCUUCACCUUAUAUUGCUGUCUUCUUAGUUCCCCAAGUUGUUCUGGUGUCGCAGCAAGCUGAGGCAAUAAAAAUGCAUAUAGAUCUGAAUGUGGGCAUGUAUUGGGGAGAGAUGGGAGUUGAUUAUUGGGAUGCUGCUACAUGGAAGGAAGAGAUAGGCAAACAUGAGGUGCUUGUGAUGACACCUCAAAUUUUGCUUAAUGGCUUGAGGCACAGCUUUUUGAAACUCAACAUGAUUAAAGUUUUAAUACUUGAUGAAUGUCACCAUACCAGGGGUAAAUACCCAUAUGCUUGCAUCAUGACGGAGUUCUAUCACCCCCAGCUAGAAUCAGGUGAAUCUGAUCUUCCUAGGAUUUUUGGGAUGACUGCAUCUCCUAUAAAGUCUAAAGGAGCUAACUCGGAUCACGGCUAUUGGCAGCAUAUUAAUGAACUUGAGACUCUUAUGAAUUCAAAGGUUUAUACAUGCGUCAGUGAAUCAGUACUUGCUCAGUAUAUACCAUUUUCAACUCCGAAGUUCAAGUUUUACGAGUACAUUGAAAUUCCAUAUGCUUUAUAUGCUUGCUUAGAAGAUGGUUUGAAUUCCUUAGUAGCAAAGCAUGAAAUUUCUCUGAAUAGUUUGGAUCUUAUUGACACACAAGCAGAGUCUAUAAGGAAGAAAGUAUCAAAGAUACAUUCGACUUUGUUGUUUUGUGUAAAUGAGCUUGGUGUUUGGUUGGCUUCAAAGGCUGCAGAGAGCUUAUCAUGCUAUGAAAGUGACUUUUUUGCCUGGGGUCAUUUGGAUGUGCUCGGUGAGUCAAUUGUUAAAAGAUUCAGUUUGGAUGCCUGUCAAGUAUUUGCCCCUUUCAUACCAUCAGGGCCAGAGUGGUCCAUUGGUGAUAAUGAUAGAGUCAACGUGGAUACUGGACUUCUAACAGGAAAAGUUGUUUGCCUCAUUGAAUCUCUCCUUGGGUACAGGAAUUUGCAGGACAUAAGAUGUAUAAUUUUUGUGGAAAGGGUCAUUACAGCUAUCGUGCUGGAACCUCUACUAAGAGAGUUGCUUCCAAGAUACUGCAGCUGGAAGACGAAAUAUAUUGCAGGAAAUAAUUCUGGGUUGCAAUGCCAGUCCAGGAAAAAACAAAAUGAAAUUGUGGAAGAAUUUCGUCAAGGAAUGGUGAACAUCAUUAUUGCAACAUCAAUACUUGAAGAAGGGUUAGAUGUUCAAAGCUGCAAUUUGGUUAUAAGAUUUGAUCCUUCAGCUACUGUUUGCAGUUUCAUACAGUCUCGAGGUCGUGCUAGAAUGCAAGAUUCGGAUUAUUUAUUAAUGGUGAAGAGUGGGGAUCGUACUACUCGUUCCCGGCUGGAGAAUUAUCUUGCUAGUGGAGAUAUAAUGAGAAAACAGUCCCUGUGUAAUGCUUCCCUUCCUUGCUCUCCUCUUAGAAAUGGUAUGCAUGCUGAGGAGUAUUAUCGUGUUGAAACCACCGGCGCAAUUGUGACGCUCAGUUCAAGUGUUGGUUUGAUAUACUUCUAUUGCUCGCGGCUCCCUUCUGAUGGAUAUUUUAAACCUUCUCCAAGGUGUGAUAUAGAGAAGGAGAGGGAGGUUUGCACACUGUUCCUUCCCAAGAGCUGCCCAAUACAGUCUGUUCAGGUACAGGGAAACAUUAAGACGCUAAAGCAAACUGCAUGUCUUGAAGCGUGCAAGCAACUCCAUAAAAUUGGUGCUUUAACAGAUAAUCUUGUUCCUGAUAUUGUUGUGGAAGAAGCUGAUGCACAGAAAUCUGGGAAAGAUUCAUAUAAUGAUGAGCAACCCACUUACUUCCCACCUGAACUUGUCAAUGAGCAUGCUCACGAAACCAAGACAGUGUACCACUGCUACUUAAUUGAGUUGAAGCAGAACUUCAAUUAUAAUGUUCCGGUUCAUGAUAUUGUGCUUGCCUUGAGGACUGAGCUGGAUUCUGAUAUUGUGAAUGUGAAUUUUGAUAUGGAAGUUGAUAGGGGUACAUUGACAGUUAGCUUGAAGUAUGUCGGAGUUAUUGAGCUUACCACGGAACAGGUCCUUUUUUGUAGGAGGUUUCAGAUCACUAUUUUCAGAGUACUUAUGGAUCAUAAUGUAAAUUUUUUGGAUGGAUUUCAACUAGGGAAGAAUCCUGAGAUGGAUUAUUUUCUGCUUCCAUCCACUAACUCACAUCAGCAGUUGAUUGAUUGGACCUCUGUAACUUCUGUUUUAUUUCCUUGUAACUAUGGCCCGAAGGAUCACACAAACUGUCCUUUGGAGGGAAAUGCUCAUUUUGUGGAGACCAAAAGCGGCCGAUUUUGCACUUGUAGGAUUCAAAAUUCUUUGGUCUACACCCCGCACAAUGGUCACGUCUAUUGUAUUACGGGUAUUUUAUAUCAUUUGAAUACAAAUUCACUUCUAACAAUGAAAGAUGGAGCUGUUAUCACGUACAAGGAGUACUAUAAAACAAAGCAUGGUGUCUAUUUAUGUUUUGACGAAGCAAUAUUGCUGAAAGGGAGACACCUUUUUACUGUGAAGAAUUACCUUAAUGAAAGCAGACACCACAAGGAGAGAGAUCCGAGGAAUACAUCUGUUGAAUUGCCUCCUGAACUUUGUCAAGUAAUCAUGUCUCCUAUAUCUUGCAGUACAUUUUAUUCUUACGCUUUUGUUCCGUCUAUUAUGCAUCGUCUUCAGUCUUUGCUCCUCGCCAUCAACUUGAAGAACAUGCUUUUGGAUGAU